AACAUUUUCAUGGCGCUUUUCUGUUUUUAGUUUUUUUUUUUUAACUUGAUUCGUUCGACGUUGGCCUAUCACGUGAUACAAUUAACACUGAGUCACGUGAUGUUAAAACUUUACGGGAAGUAUUUCUGACUUCUCAAGUGAUUUGCGAGCGUACGGGGAUAGGUACCACUUUUUAUUCAAUUAAAUGAGUAGCUGUGCAUUAUUAUCAUAAUAAUAUAUUAGAUUAUCUACAUGACAUCAUUAAAACAAGCUGCCUAAGAUAAUAUUUCCACUUCCAUUUAAUUUUUAAUAUAACUAUAACUACACUAAAGCUAAAAGCAUGGUCUGUUUAAGGAUUGUUUGUUUACUUGGAGUGUUGCUGCUUCAGAACCAGCACAUAUUGAAGCACGUUGCCGCUACCUCCUACACUGUCACAGUGGAUGCAGAAACACCUCAAAGAGAUCUGAAGCAUUUCUGGAAAAGUACCGGGUUUUGCCCUCCUCUUCCUCAUGAUCAAGCUGAUAAAUAUGACCUUAGCAAAGACCAGCAGCUAAAUCUUGCAUACAUCUCCUCAGUCCCACACAGAGGCAUUGAGCAAGUCCGAAUCCACUGGUUACUGGAGUUGGUAACUAUUAAUGUUGUAAAUGGAAAACCACAUUAUAACUUCACCAACCUGGAUAAUCUCAUAGACCUCUUGUGGCAGAAUGGACUAAGACCAGGUUUUGAAUUGAUGGGGAGUGCCUCUGGUUAUUUUACUGAUUUUGAAGAUAAAAAGCAGGUGGUGGAAUGGAAGAACAUGGUGGCAGUUAUCGCAAAGAGAUACAUCGAUAAGUAUGGUCUAGAGUACGUUUCCCAGUGGAACUUCGAAACCUGGAACGAACCAAGCAAUCAUGAUUUUGAUUAUGUAAAUAUGACAAUCCAAGGGUUCCUCAACUAUUAUGAUGCCUGCUCUGAAGGUCUGAAGGAAGUCAGCCCCUUCCUUCGCUUUGGGGGUCCUGGGGAUUCCUGCCACUCACCCCCACAUACACCUUAUUGCUGGGCCAUGCUCAGCCACUGCUUUAAUGGGACCAACUUCUUUACUGGAGAGACUGGCGUGCGACUGGACUACAUUGCACUGCAUAAGAAGGGUGGAGGUAGUUCCCUUCACAUACUGGAACAAGAAGUAGAGACGACCCAAGAGAUCCAGAAGCAUUUCCCUGGAUAUAAGCCGGUUCCACUUUACAACGAUGAAGCUGAUCCCUUGGUCGGAUGGUCAAAGCCACAAGUCUGGAGGGCAGAUGUGACCUAUGCAUCUAUGGUGGUAAAAGUGAUUGAUCAGCAUCAAAACCUAAUCAUUGCCAAGCCGCACAACAGCAUUAACUACACCCUGCUGAGCAACGACAAUGCGUUCCUGAACUACCACCCUCACUACUUCACACAGCGAACACUCACCACACGCUUCCAGAUGAACCUCACCAAACCACCCCACGUCCAGAUGGUGAGGAAGCCCGUUCUCACUGUCAUGGGACUGCUUGCCUUAUUAGGUGAGAAGCAAAUAUCAUCCGAUAUUGGAGCGAGUAGGGAAUCUGUUAACAUGACCUUGGGUGUAAUAGCUAGUACUCAUGAGACUGCUAUACCUGGUACCUCAGACAGCUGGCAGUCCACCAUACUGAUUUAUAACAGCAAUGACAACGACACCUCAUCUGAUGUGGGCUACGUGACGGUCAACCUCAACAACUACCCCUCCCAAUUAGGGCUGGUGUAUGUGACAUAUUAUCUAGACAACAACACAACAAACCCAUAUCUGCAGUGGAAGAAUAUUGGCAGUCCUGAUUUCCCAACCAUUGAGCAGUUUAAGCAGCUUAGAAAAGCAGAGGAGCCUCUUGUUGUGGGACCUCUUGCUUUCCCCUCCAGUGGUAGACUAACGCUGAAAGCAGAGCUUCCAAUUCCCUCCCUGUUCCUCAUCCACAUUUGUGCUAAACCCAAGGUUCCUCCAGAUCAGGUAACAGGUUUGCGUAUCAUGGCACUCACCAAAGGACAAGUGGUAAUUGUGUGGAAAGAUGGCUGUGUCAAUUCAAAGUGUUUAAAAACAUUUGAAGUGGAGUUUUCCGAAGAUGCUAAGAUAUAUAGAAGAAUUAAUGCAGGGGAUACCAUUUUCACCUUAUUUGUGUAUGUCUCAGAGAAAGCUGAAGUUUCUGGUUUUUACAGAGUGCGUGCAGUAGACUACUGGGGUCGACCAGGAGAAUAUUCACUGCCUGAACAAUACACAGAAGAGCAUUGAAACUUGUCAUUUUUCGUUUUUUGUUAAUAUAUAUAUAUAUAUAUAUAUAUAUAUAUAUAUAUAUAUAUAUAUAUAUAUAUAUAUAUAUACACUUGAAAUGUUUUAAGGGAUCAUUUUGGUAUUGUAUAUUGUGAAUACUGUAUGUCGAUAAAGCACCUUUAUUAUUAACUUACUACGAUUACGUUUAAGGUUCUACAUUGACAAAGCUUGAAUAACCAGCUAAGAAUGAAUUGACACAAUUGUGUUGUUCUGUUUACCAGAAAUUGUAUAAAAAUAUAUUAAUACAAUUUAAGAAUUAUUGGAACCUACACUUAUUAUACCAUAAUUAAAUGUAACAGAUUAAGGACAAGCAUUUGGUAAACUUUUAACCACUUUUUAAUAAAACAAAAAGCAAAAUACACAAUUUCUAGUAAUUUAACAACUAAUCUUUAUCAAAAAACAAACAAACAUGUUUCAUUUGAAGUAUUUGUUCAUGACAAAACUAUGCUUUCAGAGGCUUUCAGACAUUUUAUGAUCAUUCUUAAACAGUACGUUACAUCUUGUUGGUGAAAUCUGGGCCCAUUCUGUCUUGCAUAUUUCCUUCAGACAGAUUGGAUACACAAUGUUUGGCUACAGCUUUAUUCAGACCAGUCCAAAGCAUUUCUAUUGGAUUCAGAUCUGGUGAUUGUGAAGGCCAUUCCAGAACUUUUAUUUUGGUUUUCUUCAAGAAUUCCAGAGUUGACUUAGCCAUAUGCUUUGGGGCAUUGUUGUGUUGGAAGAUAAACUGUCCGCCAAUCAACAUACGAGCAGAUUGUGUCAUUGUACUUUGUACAAUGUUUUGAUACGUGGCUGCAUUCAUUCGAUCUUCAAUAACAUGAUUGUCUGUAGUCCCUGAACACCCCCAUAUCAUAAUCGAAACACAUUCAUGUUUUAACUGUAGGUACAAGGUUUUCUUCAUUUGAAGGCUUUCCUUUUUUUCCUCCAAACAUACUGUGGUCCAUUUUGGGGGGGGGCAACUUUAUAUUUUAGUCUCAUUGGACCAGAGAAAUUUGUGGAAGAAUGCUUCAAAUUCCUGUUCAUAUUUCUUGGCAAAUUUUAAACAGUUUGUUUUAUGAAUUUUCUUUAAAAGUGGUUUGCAGAGAGGUCUACAUGCAUACGACUCUUCUGUGUUCAGGUGCCUUUGUACAGUUCUUUCAUGCACUAUUGUACUGGAUGCUUCUAGAUCUUUCUUUAAGUCGUUGGCUGUUAAUCUUUGGGGUUUUUUUAGCUGCUUGGAUGAUUCUCCUAGCUGCUGUACCUGUUGUUUUCUUUGGACGUCAACACCUUUCCAGCAUUUCAGUUGAAUUGGUUCUAAGGUACUUUUUGGUUAUUGCUCUGAUUUGUGGAUUUUGAUAUUCCAUAUUUAUUUGAUACUAUUCUGUAGGCAUUUCCUUUUGUUAUAGUUUUCUACGAGUGUUUUUCUCAAACGUGAAUCCAACUCUUUUGUCUUGGUCAUUAUCUGCUGUGUUGCCGAAACUUUCUUCAACAGAUGAUGGAAAUAAGUACCGCUUUUUUUCUGGCUAUUGACUUUACAAAGCAGCUUAAUUAGUGUGCAGUGGUUUUCAAUCAAUUAAUAUAUUUUUGUAUUGGUUCUAUUGCAGUGUUACAGACUUUGAAUGUAAAGGUGCCAAUACUUAAUAUUGUCAUGAACAAAUAUUUGAAAUUGCUUAAGUGCUUUUUUAUAUAAAGAUUGUUUGUUAAACUACCAGAAAUUGUUUAUUUUGGUCUUUGUAAUAUUAGUUAGUGGCUAAUGUUCACUAAAUGCUUGUAUUUAACUAGUUUUCUUGAAUUCUCUUAUAUUAAGUGUAAGUUGUCAAUACAGGUAUGUAAAAGGAUGCCUGGCGUGUCGGCAAUCUGUGUCCUUUGUUUUUUUUGUUUUUGUGUUUGAAUGUAUAUAUUGCCUUGAUGUUGUUGUUGUUUUUUUGUUUUGUUUUGUUUUUUGAAAAGGUUGAAAACCUUUCAGACAGAAUUACAGUCCUGACCCAAGUUCUUUUCUACUUGUUAAAUGUGGAUAUCUAAUGACAUAUUCAGGCUUGGAUAUGUUUGAUCUUUACAGCAUUAUCCAUUUAUUUUAUUUACUGUUAGAAAACUACAAAAUUAAGUUUUCUGAGGAACUCACUGUAGAAAGACUUGUAACUAUGGCACCUAAAGGAAAAUCUAAUAAAUAUCCCAGUAUCCAUACUUGUCUGGUUAGUGGACAGGCUUUUACCAAACUGCCUAGUCAUUUUGUCAGGCAAGACAACUCUUAUCUAUGUAUUCAGACAACCAUGCAUUACACCAAUAAAUGUUCACCUUCUCUGAGGUGGUUAAGUUAUGUCAUGUGUGUUGUAGGCUGCAUCCAGUUAAGAUACUCUUAACUGGAUUCCUGGUUGAUUUUAAGUUCAUCCUGAUAAUUUUAACCUAAUCUGGAUUAUCAUUUUAUAUUGGUGCUGUUUUUGUUUUUGCCUGGUUAGUUGUUUCUAGACGGUUGAUCAGUUCCAGACUUGCCUGCCUAAGCAGAUUAGAGAAGAUGGAAACGGCAUCUGUUCCCCAAAUUAACCUUUUUUUUAAAAUGCCUUUAAUUGUGAACCUGAAUGUACGUUCUUGAGCAGUGCCUUAGAUCAGUGGUUGCCAACCCUGGUCCUGGGGACCAACUGAGCUCUCAAUUACUUAACUUGACCCUUAAUUGAAAUGAUAAUUAAUUAGACCUUUUUAAUUGUUUUCAGCUCUUAAACAGUUGCAGAGUUCAAGUUGCUUAUAAAAUGUUAUAGCUAACUUGUAUUAUGCAACUGUUUUAGAGAUUGUCAUUGAUUGUUAAAAUGUAUGAAUUGUGAAUUACAAAAAGAUGAAGGUGAUUAUCACAGAGUACAUUGCCAAAGACGUGGCUAUACUUGGGGUGUGUAUAUGCAAUACUGUAUAAAUAAAGUGUUGAAAUGUCGUCCAUAAAAAGAAUCGGCUUGUGGAUGGUAGUGGUAGAAGUUUGUAUAAAUGAUGUAUGUGAAUAUGAAAUGUUAAUAUAUGUACAAUAUGUUAUGUGCAUGAAAGUCUGUAUAAAAAAUGAA